AUGAGAGUGUUUUCUACAAUAAAAACAGUCAUGAGUUCUUUAGCUAAUACGGAGAAGAAUGUAACUAUACAAGCGCAAUGGGGAAAAAUUGCAGCUUUGACCUGGGGCAACUCUUCAAACCCACCAGUAUUACUGUGUCCCGGGAAAAUGGUACCCUGUUCUUCGUUUCGGCCUCUAGUCCACCUCCUCCCAAAUUGCUUCUUCUAUGUCGCUAUGGACCUCCCGGGUAACGGUCUCUCGGACCACCUUCCACCUGGAGUGAGGUUUACGGUCUUCGAUAUGGUGCCAGCUGUUGUGAAGGUGGUGGAACAUUUCAAAUGGGAAAAGAUCAUGUUUAUAGGUCAUUCUUUGGGAACUGUAGUUGGCACUUAUUACAACAUGGCGUAUCCGGGGAAAGUGACCCGUUUCGUGCAAUUGGACCCAAUACCCCUUUACCACACUGUGACCCCGGAAACGUUCCAGGCCUGGUACAAAGAAUACUACCGCAGCAACUACGAUGACGACCAGUAUGCAAAACACGCCAAUGGGAAGGAAACUGCCCCGAAGUACACGCUGGAGGAGAUUAAAAAACGUGUUAUGCGAGCCCAUAGACUAAACGAAAAAGCAGUUGAGCACAUUUUAGAUAGAUACGUCGAGCCAGCUGGGGGAAAUUUAUACAGAUUCACAUACGAUCAGCGAAUGAAGAACCCAGUCACGAUGCCCUGCUCUGCUGACAAUUUGAAACUGAUAUUGACUUCAACCAAAAUACCGAUCUUCGCCAUAUUUGCUGAACACAUCGUGGAUAGCGGAGUGUACUCCCGAGUACCCUUCGCGUUCGACCUUCACUCUUGGCCCAACAACUAUAAGUACAAAAUAGUACCAGGAUACCACGAUGUGCAUCUUAGCGAUCCUGAAUUGAUGGCAGAUGAUAUCGCUGGUUUCUUGUUGGAGAAUAAAUCGAAGUUAUGA